AUGCCAGCAGGGCAUUCCAACUCCAUCUUCGAGAGCAACCGCAGAGCAGCCAGAGAUGGCGAGGCCCUAUUAUGGGGCGCGCUUUGCGACGAGCCCGGCACCGUCGCGAACUACUUGGAGAAGGACUGUGUCGUGAUGAAUCCCCUGCUCCACCCGGACAAGUCCUUCGAAGCACUUACGGCAGAGUCAGACCCGUCGCUGUCCGACGCCCUGGAGAAGCUGGCCUCCUCCAAGCACCGGUGGACCAGCUAUGUGAUGCACAGGCACGACCCCACGCCCGCCACCGCGAACGUCGAGAUGUUUGCGGUACAGAUCAUGUACAGAAUGACGCUUGUCCGGGAGACGACCCAUCGCCAUCACCACCGGCACGGCAAGACGGAGGGGGAGAAGAGCAAACCCGACCUGCAGAAGGUCGACGCGUUUUGCACGAGCACUUGGAGACAGGGCUCCAGCGGAGGCUGGAAACUUUGCUCACAGCAGUUGAUACCCGUGUAG